GGGCCCGCGGCGCCUCGCGAGGAUCCGAGGGGGCUUCGCUCGACAAGGCCGCGCGCGGGAGUCGGGGCGACCAGGCCUUCUCCUUGCUUCGGCUUCGCCCCCACAGCGCCCCGCUUUCCCCAGGGGCUCCAGGCGGGCGCGGGUGCUGCGCUUCUCCCCCCGCGCCCUCUUCCCCUCGUACAACAACCACGGGAGGCGGACUGAAGCAGGGAAUGGGGUCACUAACCCUCUUAUCAUUAGGGUGUAUUAAUCUAUUGUUAUUAUUAUUAUUAUUUAUUAAAUUUAUGUGCUGCGUCAGGGAAAUUGGGUAUCACAUGGCAGGACAGAUGUGCUCUCCCAAGCCCACAUUCCCAGCAUGUUUGCACUCCUGUCUCAGCAACAUCUACGCUGGCUUGGCCAUAUCCACGGACUGGAAGAUGGCAGGAUCCCCAAGGAUGUGCUCUUUUGGGAGCUGGCUUCACGCACCAGGCCAACGCUGUGUUACAAAGAUGUCUGCAAAUGGGACAUGAAGGCUGGCCGACAUCAAUGCUGCCGUGUGGCAAUUCCUUGCAGGCAACCACAGUAAAAAGGGUCAAUGAUCCCUGGGCGGUUAAGUCCAGUCAAAGGCGACUCUGGGGUUGCGGUGCUCCUCUCGCUUUUCAGGCCAAAGGAGCCAGCGUUUGUCCGCAGACAGCUUUCCGGGUCAUGUGGCCAGGCCACCAUGACCAAACCGCUUCUGGCACAAUGGAGGGCUGUCAAUGGAGAGCACACGGAAACGCCAUUUACCUUCCCACCGCAGCGGUACCUGUUUAUCUACUUGCACUGGUGUGCUUUCAAACUGCUAGAUUGGCAGAAGCUGGGACAGAGCAAUGGGAGCUCACCCCCAGAUUCAAACCACCGACCUUCCGAUUGGCAAGCCCAAGUGGCUCAGUGGUUUAGACCACAGCAGCAGCACCCGCUCCCUACUACGACCACAGUGCCUGGAGGCAGUCAGAUUGUGCAUCCAUAGCAGUGACCAGAGGAGGAAUAACCACUGGGAGGAGCACAGAGAUAAGAAACACCAUGGUGCAGCACAACUGGAUGUCUUCACCUGCCCCUGCUGCAAUAAAACAUGUCUCUCCUGUAUCGGUCUCGUCACCUCACAGGUCUCUACAGCCACAGCAAGCACUGCAACCUUCCAAGAGUUUGCCUUCGCCCCCAAGGGCACAGUCCCCUGAGACAGAUGGAUCCAACCAACCAACCAUACACUGCCCUUCAUCAAAAGACCACAGGGCUGCCCAUCCUGGAGCCCCUGGUGCCUCUGACUGAUCUACAGCUGCUGCACAUCCAGACUUGCUGGCUCAAGGCUUUUGACGAGGCGGAAGCCAAUGGCAGGCUCAUUCUCAUCAGGUUCUUCACAGACCACCCUGACAGCAAGCAGUUCUUCAAGAACAUCCCAACGGAAGGCGACCUGCUGGGGGACCCUGAGGUGGGCUCCCAUGGCCGGAGGGUCAUGGUGGCUCUGAACCAGCUGGUUGAAAACGUGGACAACCGGAAGCAGGGCUGCCGGCUGGUGGCGCGCCUGGUGGAAAACCACAAGAACGUCCACCAAGUGCCCUCACAGAUGUUCCAGCUUCUGUUUCAGACCAUUCUCUGUGUCUUCCAAGAACUCCUGGAAGAUGAGUUCACCGAUGACAUGAGGCUCUCUUGGGUAAAGUUCUUUGACGCCGUCUUUGCAGAAGUAGAAGCCGCCUACAGUCGCCCCCUUUCUCCCUAGAGAAAGGAAGGGGGUACCCUGCUCCACGCUCUCCCCCCCUUCUUACGUUUGUAUUGAUGGAAUAAAGAGGACAGCAUUUAC